GAGGUCACUUCGUAAUAGUAAGAAGUUGAUAAUAAUAGCCUGUUGCCGUCUUAUAAAAUGUUGUUUUUGUAUACCAAAUGAUUAUAACAAUAUUAUUGUCAGCAGAAGUUUUAAAACAUUUUGGGAUUCUACGAUUAUUUUUGUAUUUUAUGAUAUCUAAAAGUUCAAAACAACUUCGUGUAAAUACUGAUAAAAUAUACCUAUCAUUUAGGAAAUUUUUGUAACGCAGCCGUUCAGAUUAGUCAGACGCAAGCGCAUCAGUCCCUUUUCUUUUCCUUUGUUCGAUGGACGAGUCCACUUUCUGUUUGGAGGGGAGGACUGUAUCGUUACAGUUACAGUUUUAUUCAGUGCUUUUUUUAUCGGUAAUCGGUGUUUGUGAGCGUUUCUAAAAAUAACUUAUUUAUAUUAGUGCGCACUGCGCAGUAGGUUUAUAUCGUUCGAAAAUGGCGUACAAUAAAGUUGUGUGUCGGCUGUGCUUAUCGGAAAAGGAACUAAACUGUGUUUUUGAAAAUAAUUCUGAAAAAAAGGAUUUACAAGAUGUGAUAUUUACUACUACUGGAGUUAAGAUUUUGGAGAAAGAUGUCAUCUCUAGGAAAAUAUGUGCCAAUUGCAGUAAAGUGGUUGUUAAAAUGAACGAAUUCAGAGAGAGAUCUAUUAGGACUGACAAGUAUCUUAAGGAAAAAUGUAUCGAACAUUUGAAAGCGACGAAAAUGAAAAUUCCCAACACCAAUAUCACGAUUACAACAAGAAAACUACCCCGAAAAGAAAAAAUAGACGAUUCCAAUGAUAAUGAUAAUCACUGCCAAAAUGAGUUAGAUGAAUCGAAAAAAUGUGAAAAUUUUCAGGAGAAAUGUAUCGAGCAUUCAAGAGCGACGAAAAUGAAAAUUCCCAACAGCAAUGUCACGAUUACAGCAAGAAAACUACCCCGAAAAGAAAAAUUAGACGAUUCCAAUAAUGAUGAUGAUAAUCACUGCCAAAAUGAGUUAGAUGAAUCGAAAAAAUGUGAGAAUUUUCAGGAGAAAUGUAUCGAGCAUUCAAGAGCGAUGAAAAUGAAAAUUCCCAACAGCAAUGUCACGAUUACAGCAAGAAAACUACCCCGAAAAGAAAAAUUAGACGAUUCCAAUAAUGAUAAUGAUAAUCACUGUCAAAAUAAGUUAAAUGAAUCGAAAAAAGGAGAAAGUUGUCAGGAGAAAUGUAUCAAACAUUUAACAGCGACGAAAAUGAAAAUUCCCAACACCAAUGUCACGAUUACGACAAAAAAACUACUUCGAAAAGAAAAAUUAGACGAUUGCAAUAAUAAUAAUGAUAAUCUCUGCCAAAAUGAGUCAGAUGAAUCGAAAAAAGAGGAGAAUAAUAGGUAUUCCCACAAUGCAAGUAUACCUAGGAAAGUGUCUGUUCAUAAAUCAGUAUCCGAACUUUUUUUGCGUCAUCCGAACCUUAAAUUACGUACUGAUGUUCUAGCAUUCGAUGUCAGUCCUUGCGUAAGCUUAGAAUUAGACGAAGUCGAAAAAUACUGUAAUGAUAAUAAUAUAAAUUUAAAAUUAGCUACUGAAAGAGCAACACGUGUAAACACUGCCCGUAAAAAGACUACUGCGUUAAAUAAUAAAAAUAUUUCGAAUUGGAAUAGUUCUUCAGAAGCGAAUACUUCAAAAGACAAAAUAAUUAGUCCAAAUAAUCCGGAAAACGCUCAAGCUCCGUUGAAAGUGAGUCCAAUUAGUAUUAGGCUCGGAGAGGACCGAAAUAAUUUUAAAGUAACUCCUAUUAGUAUCAAACUCGCUGAUGAUCGCGCAAAGUUUAAAAUUAUUUCAGACUCAUCUAAACGCAAAAGGGAAAGUAGUGAAAAUACCGAAACAAUUACGGUAACAAAACAAAGCAAAAUUAAAAGAAGAAGAUUAUCUUCGAGUGACUUUACGUCCGACAAAGACCAAACUAAUCCAACAUUAUUUGAAACUUUAGGAUUAAAACCCAGUCAACCUUCAUCUGAACAAACAAAUACUUAUAAGUGUAAUAUUUGCUUAUCAGUGCAGAAAAACGCAAAGGCUCUUAAACAUCAUUAUAGGGAACAUUUUUGUUGUAGUUUUUGUAAAACAAGAUUUAGACUAGUUGAACGUAGAAUAUCUCACGAAAAGAAAUGUACUGUACGUCACGCUUUAAAUAGUAAACCAUAUGUCAAAUUAACUAGAGUUGAGUUGAUAAACAAAUAUCCCUUACAUAGUGGUAAUUCUGUCAUCAAUAAAAAUAGUGUAGAUUGUAACGAAGUUAUAGUAUUAUCCGACGAUGACGAACCAGUUAUUAAAUCAACUAACGUUUCUAACGUAUCCAAUUCUUUGGUAUCAAAAUCUAAUUCUGGUGUAUUGUUGGGUAUAACUCACGCUGAAAAUAGUCGAAGUAAAGUUAGUAGGCCAGAGAAGCAAAUUAAAACAGCCAAUGCUGUAUCUGUAGUUACAACUGAAUCCAGCAGUAUUGAAAAAGGUACCAAUGAUGGUGAAGCGGAACUCGGCAAAAUUACAACAUAUUCCCCAGCUAAAUCUAACACGUUUCCAAAGCCCCCUGCUACAGUCGGUAACAACGAUGUUUUACCUCAAACUGACGUAUCAAGUAAUAAUGCAGAGGUUCCGCCAGUACAAUAUUCAAGCACAGCAAUAGUGAGGCCCGAUGUUAAAAUAAAAGAAGAUACUUUGCUAAAUGCUAAUAAUUUAAAUGGUUCCGACAUUACUCUGCUAAAAGAAUUAUUAAAACACGCAAAAGGAGUCGAGAGUAAGUCGUUAAAAGAACCAACGCCUGAGGAUAUAAGUAGAAAUGGGACGAUGAAAAAUAUGUUUUUGCAAUUAGCAUUGUAUAGAGUUCCAGUAAACAUUCGACAUGGUCAACAUUCUGUAACUUUCUCUAAAGCAGAAACUGAAAUAAACAAAGAGGUAACAAUGUGGGAUGAUAUAAAUCCAUUAUCUUUAUUAAAUAGAAAUGCAAAUAUGGAUAUUACCAAUGUAUCAUUGAACCCAAGUGAAACUGUACUCGUAAAUUCUGGGCAGACAAAUAAUCCAGCGACUUUGCAACGUAGUGUGCCAGUUCCGGUUAUACUGAACAGUGCAGUAUCAAGAAUGCAUCAAACACUAGGAAUUAUGUUAACACCUAAUACCCAAUAUUCCAAAACACAUUCUUCAUCUCAAGCUCAAACAAUAAUAUCUAGUCCUAAUACGCCUUCACAAUCUUCUGUAACGGUAACAUCCCCUAAUGGUGUUCGAACCGUUUUUUCCCAAAGUUUUACUCCCAAUUUUCUUAAUAAUUCAAACGCACACUUACUCAAUUCUACAAAUAACACUUCACCACAGAAUAGUAAUGCCAGUUCUCAACAAAUACUUCCUCGUACUCUAAACAACGCAAUAGUUAAUAAUGCUACAAAUAGUUCUCAAAAAGAAUUUAUACCCAUAUCAAACACUUCAAUUAAUUCAACAAAUGGUGUUUCUCAUGUUUUUAGAUCACCUGGAGAUCUAAGAACUGUAGUAAUUGAUGGCAAAUCUGUAGUAAUUGAUAGCAAUAUUAUCGGCUACCAACGUUUGAGGGGUGCACCUACCGAAUCAAAUAUGCAAUUUAUAUAUUCUAACAGUAAUAAUCGACAGAUUGCUGCACCUUUGUUAAAUAACCAGCGUGUCAUACUGAACGCUACAGUGGCAAAUUGUACUACAACGCAGAAUACAGUUACAAGCAACAAUAUUCAACAGAAUACCUUAAACACAACAAGUCUUAUUCCAAACACUAAUAUCAGUAAUAAUUUUAGUAACUUUAGUGUACCUCAAACUCCUGUUGUACCUCCUGCACCUUUGUUAAAUAACCAGUGUGUCAUACUGAACGCUACAGUGGCAAAUGGUAAUACAACUCCGAGUACAGUUACAAGCAACGAUAUUCAACAGAAUACCUUAAACACAAUAAGUCUUAUUCCAAACACUAAUACCAGUCAUAAUUUUAAUACCUUUAGGGUACCUCAAACUCCUGUUGUACCUAAUAAUUUGACUUAUUCCAAACCUAUGAUUAGAGUUAAAAAUAUAUGUGAUUUAAAAUAAUUGUCAAUAAGUAAAUUUUUAUAUUUUUGUAUUAUAUUAUUUAUAAAAUAAUAAAAUAUUACUACGUA